UACGGGUGUGUGUGUGUGUUACCAUAGCGACCAUUUAGUUCGAAACAACGAGCAUGAGUGGUUUGCCGCGUGAAGUUCUGAAGUGGCUGCAGAGCUUAGACCUCACUCAUUCGGUGAAGAACACUAGAAGAGAUUUCUCAAAUGGAUAUCUAGUGGCAGAGAUAUUCUCCUGGUAUUAUCCUCAAGACAUUCAAAUGCAUUCGUUUGUCAACGGAACGUCAAUAGAGCGCAAAAUGGGAAAUUGGCAACAAUUGGAAAGGUUCUUUCAGAGGCAUCAGUUGGGUAUUGCUAAGGAAAGAGUGGAUGGCACAAUCCACUGUAAACCGGGUGCUGCAAUCGCUCUGGUUGAGCAAGUGUACACGUUGCUCACAAACAGAAAAGUAAGAAAACUGGAGAAGACACCAAACGAUUUCACCGACAGUUCAUAUCAAUCACAACUGCCAUCCUACGCACGAUCGACCGCAUCUCAAGCAAUCAAGAAUAACAUUGCAAUCACCGAACUCACAACACAACCAGAUAGGAUUGUAUCCAUGCAAAAGGCUCAGAAUAUCGUUGACACUCAUGUUGAACACAGACGACAAGAACGAGAGCACAAUCCUGAGAGAUUUGGUAUUAGAGCGGGUGAUAGUUUAAGUCCGAGGCACGCGACGGGUGGAGCAGAGCCCAAGAGUGUGAAAGACAGCAAACAGCAAGAAAGUCAGGAACACAACACUGAGGGUUCUUCUGCUGUCAAAGAAGUCGAAGUCAGUCAGCCUAGCAAACCUGCUGCUCCCUAGUCUGGCUGAUUUUGCUCCGAAGUGGAUUAGAAUUUAGGUAUAACCGUAUUAGUAGAAAUGAUAUAGGAAAUUGUAAUACAUCUGAGAUGCACUGGUGUGCACAUGUCUGGUGUGUGUGUGUGUGUGUGUGUGUGUGUGUGUGUGUGCACGUGCUGUAUGUGUGCAUGCACAUGCUGU